AUGUCAGACGCAAACGCAAUCAAGGCAGAAGCCAACAAGGCAUUCUCAGCGAAAGAUUAUGUGACUGCGGCGAAGUUAUAUAGUGAUGCUAUAGAGAUAGAUGGAGGGAAUCAUGUAUUGUAUAGUAAUAGAUCGGCGUCAAAGGCGGGGCAGAGGGAUUAUAAGGGGGCUUUGGAGGAUGCUGAGAAGUGCAUCCAACUCUCCUCAUCCUUCUCCAAGGGAUACGCCCGAAAAGGAGCAGCCCUCCAUGGGCUGCGCCAAUUCCCCGAAGCAGUGAUGGCCUACGAAGAAGGACUCCAGGUCGAUCCCAAUUCCGACAUCCUCAAAAAGGGUUUAGCCGACGUCAAGCGAGCGAUGGAUUCAGACGCUCAAUCACCUUUCGGUCCAGGAGGAGACAUGGGACUAGGCAAGAUAUUCAAUGAUCCUUCGAUGGUGUCGAAAUUGGAGAAUCACCCAAAGACAAAAGAUUUCAUGAAAGAUCCUUCGUUCAGAUCAUCAGUAGCAAGAUUACAAGCUUCAGGAGGUAAAGAUAUGGGUGCGUUGAUGGGCGAUCCAAGAAUGUUGACUGUGUUGGGUGUUAUGAUGGGUAUCGAUAUCGACGCAAUGGAAAGACCCGAAGGCAGCAACGACACUCCACCCGGCAUGCAACCAUUCCCAUCCUCUCAACAACCCGAAGCAUCCUCAUCCAAGCCCACUCCUCCACCAGCAGCUGAGAAGAAACCUGAACCCGCACCCGCUCCCGCUCCGGCCAAGGAAGAACCAAUGGAGGUCGAAGAGGAGAACCCAGAUGCCGCUGCUCAGAAGGAAGCUGCUGAGCUGAAGACCAAGGGAAAUGCCUCGUACAAAGCUAGGAAAUUCGAUGAAGCUAUUGAGCUGUACAGUAAAGCCUGGGAAGUGUAUCCUAAGGAUGUCACUUUCCUUACCAACUUAUCUGCUGUAUACUUCGAAAAAGGAGAGUACGAGAAAUGCAUUGAGACAUGUGAAAAGGCAGUAGAGGAAGGUAGAGAUCUGAGGGCGGACUACAAAGUAUUCGCCAAAGCAUACGGACGUAUCGGUUCAGCAUACAGCAAGCUCGGCGACUUGGCCAACGCCAUCAAGUCCUACUCCAAGUCACUCACUGAACAUCGAACACCGGAUGUCUUGACUAAGCUUCGAGAAGCCGAGAAGGCCAAAGCUGAAGCCGACAAACAAGCUUAUAUUAAUCCUGAAUUGGCUGACGCUGCCCGAGCGGAAGGUAACGAAGCUUUCAAAGCUGGUGAUUACGCCGGUGCCGUCAAACACUACACAGAAGCUGUCAAGAGAUUACCAACCGACCCAAGAGCAUACAACAACCGAGCGUCGUGUUAUCAAAAACUCAUGGCUCUUCCCGAAGCUCUCAAAGAUGCCGAACAAGCCAUCAAGAUUGACGGUACUUUCAUCAAAGCUUACAUCAGAAAGGCUCUGGUGCAAGAAGCUAUGAAGGAGCUCAAUGGCGCUUUGGAAACACUGCAACAAGCUACCGAAGCUGACACCGAGAAGAAGCAUACUCGUGAACUGGAAACCAACUUGACUAGGAUCUUACAACAGAUCCAAUCUCAACGAUCUACCGAGACUGACGAGGAGACUUAUGAGAGAGCGAUGAGGGAUCCUGCGGUACAGGAGAUCAUGAGUGAUCCUAUCAUGAGACAAAUCCUAUCUGAUGCUCAACAGAACCCCAAGGCAUUACAAGAUCACAUGAAGAAUCCUAUGAUCGCUCAAAAGAUCCAGAAGUUGAUCAACGCUGGUAUCAUCCGAACUCGAUAG